CGAUGCGUUUGUCGUCAGUCGAUCUGCCACCCCCGUGGAAGUCGGACGCGCUCGCUCGCGGCCUAUCGACGCAUCGAUAGCACAGCGCAGCUCGCGAUCAAUUCGAUAAAAAACCAGUGUUUGUGUUAUUUUUUUGCGAAAAAAGGAUUUUGUUAUAAAAUAGUGGUGUGACGACUUGGACGAGGCAAGGCUUUUUUUCUGUUAAGACCAGUAAUGUCCAACUAGCCCUGAAUCCUUCCACAAUGGCGAGCGCAGGCGCUGUCCUCCUAGAGGCCAGGCCGUUCAGGCCUUUCAAGUCCUCAGAGGAGUACCUGUAUGCUAUGAAAGAGGACUUGGCUGAGUGGCUGACAGUCCUCUACCCUGAGCUGAGGAUCAAUGCUGAUAACUUCCUUGAUAGGCUCGAUACUGGCGUUGCAUUGUGCAGGCACGCCAACGCAGUACGUGACUCAGCCCGUUUGAUCCUCGACUCCCCACAGCCAGAAUCUGAAGAUGCCCUCACCCUCGCCAGGGCACUCCGCACCCGACCUCCUGUCAACAUGCUCCCUGCAGCCAAAGCCGGCACAUUCUUCGCCAGAGACAAUCUCUCCAACUUCAUCGACUGGUGCCGCAAAGCCCUCGGCAUCCUCGAAUGCCUCCUCUUCGAAACUGAUGACCUUUGCCUCAGGAAGAAUGAGAAGCACGUCGUGUUAUGUCUUCUAGAAGUUGCAAGAAAAGGAGCAGUUCUUGGCAUGCCAGCUCCUUUGCUGGUGCAGAUGGAAAGGCAGAUUGAAAGAGAGUUGGCAGGAGAAGAGUUACGGCCUGAUGACUCAGCCCUAGGACUGGUGCCUUCAGGGCCUCAGCCGCAACUAGUGACUAAUGAUUUGAGGAGUUUGGAUGAGAGGGUGAGGGAUCUUGUGGAGAGGUGCUCCUGUCCUACUCAGUUCCCGAUGGUUAGAGUGUCGGAGGGAAAAUACAGGAUUGGCGAUACAAGGCUUCUGAUCUUUGUCAGGAUCCUCCGCUCCCACGUAAUGGUUCGCGUUGGAGGUGGCUGGGACACCCUCGCCCACUACCUGGACAAGCACGACCCUUGCCGGUGCCGCGCCCAGCACCGCACCUCUCUCUCGGCUCGCCUCGCCCGCCCCAAGCACGACCUGGCCGGCGCCACCGUCACCUACGAGAGACCAGACCCUGGCCCCACCUCCCUGCCCUACACCAAAACCGAGCCAAAGAGUUACGAACCAAUGUCUCUGCAAUACAACCCCAAAAUCUACAACGAAGAACCGAAGUCUGGACACUAUUUAUCCAACCACAGACUGAACAGUGAUGCUCCCACCAGUCUGCCGUAUUUGGGAGAAUUGGACAGAGCUGCUUCUCCGAGUAGGAGGCAUUUGGCUCCAAGGGCAAUGAGUCCAACUAGGAAAUCGUCAUCUCCGGAUCGAAGGACCAAGAUUGUGACAUCAAACCACUUGGUCCCAACUCCUCAUGGGAUGAGGAAUAAGAGUCCUAGGCCAGUGUCUCCGGCUCCUGCAGCUGAGAGUGCUUCUGACAAUGGAUCUGAGGUGUCUGAUGAGGGAUACAGGAGUCUGGGCGUGGUGGCCGGGUCUACACAAGGAUCUCCUUCCACGAAGACUACGAACAGAUAUUCGUUGCACAGCCAGAACUCGAUUGAAGACGCAGAAUUUAAUGAGCGUCUCGACCAAGACGACGGCUGUCACAUGGACAAGAACGAACGAGUGGACGACCACGUGAGCCUCAACACUGGUCUCCGUAAGACUGACUUCUCGGACACCUUCUACGGAGGCAGGAAGCCCAGCUCCAUAGAAGAAAAGUCGAAUAGAAGCAGUCCCGACCGCGUGGUCGUCACUGAAAGCAACGAUUCUCCCAGCAAGAGCCUGCGGGUCACUCGGGAAGCUUCUCAGUCACCCACGAAGACGAUUAGAAGCCGACAGGCCAGUCGGAUACCGCACUCACCCGUCAGGAACCGAACUCCCAGCCGGGGAAAUACACCCAGUCCCAAACACACGGCAAAUCCAGUUCAGACAUCCCCAAAACUGACGCCGAAACUGCCGCCAACUGCCAGAAACACCUGGAGCGGACGCACAGCACCAGUCCAGGCCAAAGUAAAGUCCAGGCCAACCAUAGGAGCAGAUACAUUUGAUAAUCCGAAUAAAUCUCCAAAAAUGAGGGCCAAGGCUCCUCAGACUGAGGCAUUCAAGAGGAAUUCUCCACUCAGAGCCAGCAGUGCUACUCUUAGGUCCCCACCGAAUCAAAAACCUUUGAGUCCUUUAUUAGAACAAAUCUUAAGGUCAACUGAAAGCGCGAAGGAUGACGCGACAGUUUUAGAAAAAAUGAAGGAAAUUAUUAGGACAUAUUCAAAGGGAGACGACUCUCUUUCUAGAACUAGUUCUAAGGACUCAGACUAUGCUGACUUUACAUCAGCCUGGGUGAUGUCUGACGGCAAAUUAGAAAGGUCGACUAGCACUAGGCAGUUGGCUGCUCCUAGGAAAGACCAAAGGAAUGGAGCGUCCAGGAUACCGGCGCCAGUCUCCAUUGGCUGCAGGAGGUCUACAUCCACAUCACAAUUCCAAUGACAGGAAUCAGGAGAUAGUGUGGACACACUAACCAGUGACAAUUGAACUAUUUAUGCUAGUGUUUAGUUUGUGCAGAUAGGUCAAAACAAAUUGGUGGUUCGUGAAGAAAAGCAGCCGAAAUGGCUUCGAGUGUGAUAUUUGACGACGGGGAAAUGUAUGGACUUUAGUAUCGCAUAUCUUUGUGUAUGUAGCGAUAAGAGCUAAGAUUAUAAUAUGUAAAAUGGAUUAGACAUUGCAGCCGGUCUCGAGCUACCUAGAUAGUCUGACAGAGUUGCUGACAACUGUAGGUUGUACAAGAUUUUGUUAGACUAGACUAGACUGGCUUUGCACGACCUGGCUUCCACACGGCUUCGACUUUACUGACUAGCAGUAGUAGCAGUCAAUUUGUCCAAAUCUGGAUUACACCACGCAUUAGCUAGUUUCUUAGUUAGAUCGGUGUAAUCCUUGAACGGCGAUUCUAGAAAUGUAACUAUAGUUUAGUACUAAUUGUCGAUUAGAAAAUUCGUACUAACCAUGUUUAACUAAUUAAAUGGUGACAUCAACCAUUUUGAAUUUAUCAGAUUUUCCAACAAUUUGCUUAUGGACCGACUUUUAAGGAAUAUAGUGUUGCAAGUACGAUUUGUUUAUAGUAUAUGCAACGAUCGGCGAAAAAAAUUCGUAGAUUUAUUAUUACAAUGGCCUGAAUCAUACCUAUCGAAAAUGUGAAACACAGCACUUUAUUCUUAUUAAAAGUCGGUUAAAUAUGGUGCUAAGCAAUAAAAUGUUAGCUUUUGUUGUUUAGUUAUUGUUAAUUUAAUUAUUUUUGGCUAAUUGCGAUCACAAGCGAUUUUACAAUGUUUAGCAUUAAGUUUAUUAUGCAAUAGCAAAACUUGGUCUACUUAUAUAUUUUUUUCACUCUUUGGAUCAAAGUUUACUCUAUAACCAGUAUAUAUAAAACAUUAGAUUGAUAAUAAGAAUUAAAUAAUAUUAAUCGUUUAUCACAGACUUCUUCUAAUAAUUGCUAUUAAUAAUAGAACAAUUAUUAAUAGAAAUAAUUAGAACAGUACUCGAGUACGUUUUAUUUUACAAAAUGACAAGUUUUAGUUCUUAAGUAAUUUUUAAGAUUUAGAUUUUACUUUUUUUAUGUAACUUCCCGGUAAAUUAUAAAUACUAAUGAAAGAAAUGAAAAUUAUUAUUAAUAAAUAUUAUUAUUCGAAAAUUAAAUUAUGCAUUUAACGAAAAUAUCAUUCCAAUAUUUCGUAAAGCCGGGAUAUACAGCAAUUUUUGUUUAAAAGUAAUCUCAUUUUUUAUAGGUUGUGAGGGGUAGAGCUUAUAAAAUCUGUAGCGUUUUGUUAAUGAAAGAAAAAUAGCUAAUCAUGUAGCAUUUUAUAAUAAAACUUUAAAAAUAAUAUGGCAAAAAAAAAAAACAAAAAAAUACGACAAAGACAUCCAUUUUCAUACCUCAUUAUAGUGUAAUUGAAAAAAAGAAAUAUUUUUGCACCAUUCGUUACGGAUAGCACCACUAGAUGUCACUAGUUGCCAUACAACCGUCCGUUUCAAAGUGUAGUAAAGACAUAGCUGUACAUUAACAUCGAUAUUUUAGACCACAGUUUUUAUAUAACACCCAUCUUAUAGAAAUGUGGCUAAAAACAAAAAACAUUACUUCCAUCGUUGUCAUAGAUAAUUUAAUAUUAAUUAAAUUAAUGAUUGAAGUAAUUAUAAGUAAGAUUUUAAGAUUUAUAUCAUAAGGUCUUAUGUCAGACCCUUAUUAAGAUGUCACAAAUGUCAUUUCUAUGAUAUAAUGCUAUGCUUAAGUUUAAAUGUCAAGGUUACACGCAACAGAUACGUUUUGUCGCAAAUUAUACAAUAUUUUUUACAUAUACUGUGCUGUAUUAUAACUUAUAAGUUUAUAAUUUAUAAAUGUUAUUAUAAAACCUACAAGCUGAUUAUAACGCUCAAGCCUUCAAUUUAAAUGUCGUCUGUUUACUUCAAAUAAUAAAUAAAUAUGUUUUUGUAAUAAAUAUUUAUUUUGGUUUUAUUUUUUGCCAAUUUUUUUAAUGGAAAAUUUAUUUGAAUUAAAUUUUUUAUAUAGUAAACAGAUGACUCAAUAUGGACAUUUUCAAUUAUUAGUUUGUUUAAAUAUAAUAAUUAUUAUUUUAUUACAAUAAUUAUAUCGAGAGAGAAUGUCCAUUAAAAUACACAUUUUGCAAAUAUGUUUAUACAAUCAUAAAAAAUAUAUUUAUGAAAGAAAUUUCAAAAUGGGCUUCCGAUUUCUUUCCAUAUUUAUGUUUUUUUAUGGAUGUAUAAAACUGUUAGAGGUUAGAGGCUAAGAUUUUCGUUAGUUUACAUAAUUUCUUCGACGUAAUGUUACCAGUGACUAUGCCAUAGAAAUCUGUUAUUAUUCACGGAAUAAACGAUAAGUUUAUCUUAAAA